ACGACGGCUCUACUAAGAAGUCUGUCUAUUAAAACGUUUUGAAAAUUGCCUUCCAUAUUGGCUGACUGAUAUUUCUGUUGCAACAUGAUUCAUGGCACUGGCCAAAAGCCCUUUUCCCCCGAUCUCAAUCGGGGGAAGUGGGAAAGACCUACGGACUAUAUAUUUGCUUGCUUUGGAUUAGCUCUAAAGUUGGAUUUCUUUGAUUUUUCAUAUGGUUUGCACUUCGAAUUGGGCGUUCUUGGAGUAUUAAUAUACUUUGUGUAUAUGGUAAUUUAUUUGGCUCCAAUCAUAUUCGUUCAUUCCUUCAUUGGCCAGUUCUCCAGCAGCGGCUUUAUCUCUGCUUUUCGCCUGUCUCCUUUUUUCAAAGGCAUAGGAUUCGUCAGCGUUUUUCUGAGUAUCUCAAUGCUCAUUUACUAUAGCGCUUACGCUGCUAUUCCGCUUUUGUUUAUAAUAAACUCUUUGCGACCCACUCUACCUUGGAGUUGUGAAGGCUUAAAAUCUUGGUUUAAUGAGACCUCUGGACGAUUGACAAUAUGUAAUGGGACAAAUAAUGGGGUGUACCCAAGAAUUCAAAACUUCACAGAUAAGAUGGAACUUAAUGUACCUUCCGUGCUUUACUUUUCCCAUCAAUAUGAACGUUUGCGAGAUAACGGAAAUGCAAAUACUAAGGAUGAAUAUGAACUAUCCUGGAAUUUUGUUAGCCUCUUCGCUCUAGUUUGGGCCGUGAUCGCACUCGUUUUUUAUAAAUUUCCGGAGACGGGGAAAUUUGGAAAAUUUAUACGCUACAUGGUCAUUGGGACACUGAUUCUUCUUUUAGUGUGCUUCGUGCGCUUCCUCUAUCUUCCAGGAGGUCUUUCGUGGAUGGACAGAUAUGCAACUCCAAAAUCAAGUGAUUGGUUCGAAAGUAUCUAUUCAACAUUUCUCAUUGCUAUGCAGGCGUUUGGAGCUGGCUGGGGCAGUGUGAUAGCCCUGUCCAGUUUUAAUGGGUUCAAAACCGACAUAAUGUCGUACAGUUGGAUUAUUUCCUUUGGGCAGAUCUUUAUUUACAUUAUGUUUGGCUUGGUUUCCUUCAUGGUGGAACACUAUUUCACAGAGCUUUCUGAAGCUUCAGAUAAAAUAAGAGUAGUCAACCUUUGGGGGAUGAUUUUGUCUAGUGCCAGUGCUUUGUCCACCUUGAGCUGGCCAAACUUGUGGACUAUCAUUUACUAUACUACGUUAUUAAUGGCUGCUGUCAUUUUGAUGACGACGCAAAUAUUUACCGUCUUACAAAGUUUGUUUGAUGAGUUUGAAGAACUUAGAGUGAGAAAACGGGAGGUUACGUUUGGCUUUAUUGGUGGGCUUGCACUCUGUUCCAUUUUUGUGUGCACAAAUCAUGGUAUCGUUUUCUUUUUUACUUUCCUAGCUGAUUCCAUUUUCUCAAAUUGUUUGCUCCAUUUACUACUUCUUUUGGUUGUUUUGUGGAUAUACGGCCGAAAACGUUUCCAGCGGGAUAUUGAAUUCAUGUUGGGACAACCGUUUUCCUCCUGGAAGAUUUUCAUACUCGGCUUCAUAGCUCCAAUGUGUUUUGUAAUUUGUCUGCCCAUUGGAAUACAAUGGUCCUUAGGUAAUCACUCUUGGGUUACGGUAGAGUUUCAUGUGAUGUGCAUUAUUGUGAUAUGGAUGCCCAUUCUGGCAAUACCUGGCUACGGACUUUACUACCUUUCUAAGAGCACUGGAACAUUUUUCGAUCGCUUCAAACGCACCUGUCGACCCACUGAGUGGUAUCCGGUUGAGAUGGAGCACCACCAGAAGUACGACGAAGUUGUAGGAAACACUGAGAUGACCCAGCAACUUUUCGGGGUUACCGAGGAUGUGAAUUAAGUAGUAAUACAAUAGUACAAAAUAUAAAAAAUAUAUAUAGCCCAUGGACUAAGUAGCGACAAAUGAAUAUCCAUGUUGCUUUAGUUUAAAACG